AUUUUUAAUAAAAGUCCACGAAAUACUGGGCUGCUAUAUAGUAUAGAAACUGACUAUGUUUUGUUUAUGGACUCUGUCGCUUGUUUUACUCUCUACAAUAAGUUGCACUUCCGCUGCAAUCGAAGAUUGCAAAUGCUGGAUUUCAAUUCUCAAGCGAACACCUUGCAAAACAGUCGAUUGGUUUUCUAGUAAAGAGGAUUGUGAGUCUGUAGGUUGUUGCCAUGACGAUGUGACGUCACUUUUUGCGCUUGGAUGGAAAGGAAGGUGUUACGAAAAAUCAGGGAAAUGUCCGAAAAAGGAAUGCCAGGUUUCGCCUGCUCAAAGAAAGCAAGUUGGUUAUCGCGCAAUUGGGAAGCGAAGAUGCAAACGACUAGGGGGCUGUUUUGAUGAAAGCAGACAAGAUCCGCAGUGUUAUAAAAAACGUUCACCCGAAGAUUUGAAGUUUAGAACUACAACUGAAUUGAGUCCAAGAACAACUGUUCUACCCUCGGUAGGAUAUCGAACAACGGAUAUGGAAGGCUUAGCCCUCGAAGGACCUAUCGUGAAAAUUGGUGAAUUCAUAAAAGCACAAAUGCUAGUUGAAGAGAAUCCUAUUAAUCCAGCAACUCUGACACAAAAGAAAAAAACAGACUCCGCGAAAAGAUCGCAAAAAAUGAAAACCAACCCAACAAAAUCAUCGACAGCCGCUAUAAUGAGAUCUACAACGACACCAACCAAUUCUCCUAUGGCGACGUCAACCGAAUCGACUACUGUAAAUGAUCAAUUGGAAAAGUUUACCACGGCGAAUUCUUCGCCAUUUAUAUCAUAUGAAACGACUCGAAUCGUUACCACUAAGGAGCCGUCAAAAGUCAACACAACAGUAGUCUCACAAACAUUCUCAACGCACUCUUCGAAAUUGUCUGAUACGUCGGCAUUCACAUCUACAAACGCAAUAAACCAAAGUACGAUUCCAGAACCCGCAACGAACUUGACAGCCGCGUCAUCCACCUCUUCAACUAAUGCUAUUUAUACUAGUUCUUUCGCAACAAAAAAUUUGACCACUACUACUUCGUCAUCCGUGCCGACUACGCCAUCGAUAACGUCAUCUAUGACGUUAUCUCUGUCUAUCAUAUCAUCGACUAAUUCAAUUUCCACUCGACCUGUUUCAACACAAAACAACGCAUCCAGUACACCGUUAACAUCAACUUCAACGUCAUCAACAUCGACUACGUCACCGAUUACGUCAUCGUUUGUGUCUACCUCAAACCCAACUUCCGUAAAACCGACACAUGCGCCGGGGUACUACGGUCCUAACGGAAUCUACGAAAUGGGCGGAUUCACUCUUCUUGCUCAAUGUCCCAGCGAAGAUCAAGAAAAAAGGGAUUGCACCAGAAGAUCAGUGACAAAAGAAUCUUGUUAUAAACAAUUCUGUUGUUGGAAGGAGCCGAACAUCUGCCAUCUACCCACUGUUAAAACAUUGCAUUGGAAGAAGUCUAAUAAAAGUUUUGGCUGGACCUCUUGGGGAGCGUGGUCACGAUGUCCUGACGCCACGUCCUGCACAUUAGCUAAGCAAACAAGGUCAAGAAGAUGUCAAAGCAAAAUAAAUUGCGUCGGUAAGAACGAGGAAACGCGUAAUUGUGCUGUAAUAUGUCAAGCAUCCUGGAGCGAGUGGGGAGAGUGGACAACAUGUUCCGAUUCUUGCGGCCCCGGAGUGACUGAAAGAGCAAGGCUAUGUCUUAGAAUGGGCAUCAUAGCUUCAACUUCUAGUUGUCUUGGUGGUUAUAAAGGUUCCAGUGAAAGCAAACCAUGCAAUACAGAUCUCUGUUCUCAGUGGUCUUCGUGGUCGUCUGGACUCUGCCCUGCGGAGUGUGGAUCAAGUGGGAUUGGCGUUCAAGAAAGGACUUGUAACGAAAAAGGAAAAAGUACCGGCGAAAAACAGUGUUCAAUAAAAGUGAAAAUUUGUAAAGGAUUACCCUGCACAAACAUAAAACAACAGACAGCAGAAUGGAGUACGUGGAGCAAAUGGAGCUCUUGUUCUAACAGUUGCGGGAUUGGAACUAGAAGAAGAAAGAGAGCGUGUAGUACAAUGGACGGUUUGAUUGCUACACAGAAUGUCAGAGUAUUCCCAGGACAAAUGACACCAUGUAUUGGUGGAAAUUCUGCAACCAUUGAAGAGCAAACAUGCAAUGAAGAUCUCUGCUUAUCGUGGUCAAAAUGGUCAGCUCCAAAGCCUUGUAGCGCUUUGUGUGGCGGAGGAACAAAAGACAUAAUAAGAACUUGCACAAAAUCGGGUUUUAGAAGUAUUCCCCCGAGCUGCUCAAGGACGAGAGUGAGAUGUAGAGACCAUCAAUGUCCAAAAUAAUGUUUUUUUAUCUGUGAAUGAACUAUAAACUAUGGUCUACCGACCGAAUACGUCGGAUUCAUAUUUAUAUAUUAUUAUUGAAAACUAACUUAUGAAACCACGAUUAUAUUGGAGUAUACUGCUUCUCGAACUUUCAUGAUCCGUGCCCCCUCCAAUUGCCCGUGACGCAUUGCUGCAAUGUACAAUGUGUGUAAUUCAAGGAACGCUCAAGAAAAAUGGAUCACCGAACGCUUAUGACGUCAUAAUGAAAUUAUAAUUUUAAGUUUACUAAGCGAAAGGCCUAUAUCAUAUCGUAACACUCGGGCCAAGGCAAGUUUGGAAAGCCCUCAAUUACAGUUACUACUCAAGUUAUAAUGCGGUGGCCUCCUGAAACCAUUCACUAACUCAAUAUAUAAUUGAUUGAAGCUUAUGUUGAAGUAUUUAUACAAUACAAUCAUUUUUUGGUGCUUCUGAAGUAUGCGCACCAAGAUGUCGCAUAACCUGAACCCUAAUCUGGUACACAACCUGAUCUCAGGUUGUGCGUCAUCCUGGUGCGCAUACUUCAGGAAGUCCCCUUUUUUUAUUAUACAUUAC